AUGCGGAUCAUUUAUCCGCGUGCUUGCUUCCCCACGGCCAAGAUCGCCCAGCGACAGCCAGGAGAUGGCGCCAGCUCUCCUCUCUCCUUCGUGUCGCUCGUUCCCUCCCUAGCCAUGCGUGCUACCGUGGCCACUGCGCUCGUUUUUGUUUCUUCUGUGCUGGCGGUGACGAAGCCGAUCCACUCGCACAACGACUAUACCCGCGCGGUGCCGUUCUGGACUGCGUUCAACCUGAGCGUGAUGAGUGUCGAGGCGGACGUGUGGUGGCAGAGCAGCCAACUCUUCGUCGCGCACACGAGCGGCGACAUCAACCGCUCCAAAACCCUGCAGUCGCUCUACCUCGACCCGAUAAUGGGCAUCCUCAACGGCUCGCGCGCCGUGCCCACCCCGAUUUCCGUCUCCAACCCCAUCCAGCUGCUCAUCGACAUGAAGACCUCCGGGUCGUCGACCUUCCCGCCCGUGGCCGCCGCGCUCGCGCCCCUCCGCGCAGCGGGCCACCUCACCACCUACGACGCCGCGACCGGCACGCUCCGGCCCGGCGCGGUCACCGUCGUCGGUACCGGCAACACCCCGCUCGCGAGCGUGCUCGCGCAGAACCCACCACGCGCCCCCGCCGCGGGCCAGACCUGGGGCCCGCACAUCGCCCCCCUCGCGAGCGUCGACUUUGGCAGCGUGGCGAGCAGCGCGCAGAUGCAGGAGCUGGUGCUGAACGCACAUGACCUCGGCAUCAAGUCGCGCUUCUGGAACACGCCGGCGGCGGUCGGCACGUGGAAUGCGUUUUGGGCGGCGGGCUCGGACUGGGUGAAUGCGGAUGAUCUGCUGGCGGUGUCGAAUGCGUGGGCGGCGUUCUCGGGGGCACUGGUGCCGACCAGGUUUGAGUAUACUGGGUUGGACGCGCAGAAAGCGUUGGAGCGGCGCGAGCUGUAG